ACUGGAGGCUGUGGGUAGCAGUGGGAGCAGCGAGUGCCAUACUUGUCACACUGCUAGUGGUCAUCUGGAUCUUAAUACAACGAAGGGGAUGCAAGAGCAGAGAAAAUCCUAUCUAUUCGAAUAUGCCUCCACCAAGAUCUGCAAUAAAACAGCCCUCUCCGCAUCCAGGAAUACAGAUGGACAGCCAGAAGUUUCCUUCUCCUUUAAAACAAAUAUAAAUAUAGCCUAAAAUCCUAAGACUUUUUAUGAUUCCAAUUAAUCAUAUUUCCUCUACUGAAACUAUGUCAGCAAGUAAUUCGUUAUCUUGUGUGUUGUGAGUGAAGUCUGACUUGGUCCUAUCCUGUCCUAUUACAUGAGCUAUCACUUUAGUAUGUUUUUUUUCAGGGACUGCUGUUGAUUACUUCUCCAGCAAUUGGCAUGCCAUGGUAGCCUACUAAAUUCAGAUAAAUUAUUGUUGUGUAAAUAUUAUUCUCAGGGUAAUUUAAUGUUCUCCAAGUUCUAUAAAGCGUAAUCUAGCAAUAAAGAAAAUAAGUGCUAUUUUCUGGAAUUUACAGUAUGUUGUAUCAGUAGCCUUUGUAAAAAAAGAUUGGGCAACACACUGUGUGUGGGCUUGAAGGAAAUAUCUACAUCUGUUAAUAGUGCAUUAAUGAAAUUCCAUAUUUCAGUAUUUUCUUGCAAUUGUAGUGUCAAAAUUGUGAACAACUACUAUGUGACUGGCAAUUGUGCUAUACAUGUAUGCAAGGACAGAAACAUACAUCAAGUCUUUAAAAUGAUAGCCUACUAGACAACCACUUCAAAGGUGUCAUCCUAAAAACAGAGCCAAUGUAUCGGUCUAAUGUAUCAGUCAAUCAACGUCCAUCCUUCGAAAAUAGAAAAACAUGGUCACGUGAUACCUUGCCCCAUCUAGGUACUUGUGGUGCUUUCACGACAACUGGGAACUGUGGCCUUUAGGUCGGAAAUAUACAAAUAUGCCCGAAUUUCCGGCUUGGAAUUCCGUGUUGGAAGAUCAUUAAAAAGAUUCUGCCCAGUCAGAGUUCGUUUUUUCCUAGUUGUCUUAAAUGCACUGUAGUAGGAAGUGGAGAUUUCCGAGUUCCCAGUUGUUUUGAAUGUGGCAUUGGUAGAGACGAACUUCAUGGGAUUAUCGAGCUAACGUGCACACUAGCCAGCAAACGUUACAAGUGGAGCCGAAAGAUAAUACCGAUGUCAAAUGGAAGAUACUCUGGAUCAAUUUCUAAUGGCGUAGAUUGAGAAUAAAUAUAACUGUUCCAGAUGAGAGCCUCAGGACCAGCAUAAAGAUCCCCUGAAUUGGGAAGUUUGAACUACCACGUCCUACAACAGUACCUGGGACAGUAUGGAUUCUCUCCUGAGCUACAGAGGUAGCAGCAGCUGCAAGUGUUUAUGUUGGAGGCUGAUACCAUCAUAGCUAUUGACCAUCAGAACACUAAUACGGGAGUCUCUAUAGAGACAUGAACUGCUGACCUUGAUCUACAGUGUGUUAUUGUGUAAGCAGGACUAAGCAGUGCUCCCACACACCCCCUCCCACCUGUGCACCUUGCCAUGUCUCCUCUCUCUGCUCUGGGUGUUUUCUGUGGAUUGUUCCUUCCUCUGUCUCUCAGUGAAUACAACACUCACAACUGUAUCCCACGGAAGAGUGUCCUUUACCAGGACAAUAUGAAGCUGUUCAGAGAGGAAGGGAUUUGUAACUACUCCACCAUGUUGGUUCGAGAGGAUUUGGGCCUGCUGCUGCUCGGGGCUCGAGAGGCUAUCUAUGCCCUGGACAUCAAUGAUAUUUCCAUCAAGAAGUCAUGGGUAUACUGGCGGGUCACCAAGGAGAAACAGAUGGAGUGCACAUACAAAGGGAAACAUGCUGAAAUCGAAUGCCGGAACUACAUCCGGACGCUGCAUAAAGUGGAUGAUGGCAGAAUGUAUGUGUGCGGGACAAAUGCUUUCAGCCCCACCUGUGAUUACAUGACGUAUUCUGAAGGACAGCUGAGACUAGAGGAAGCGCAGGAGGAGGGAAAAGGGAAAUGCCCCUUUGACCCCUUCCAGAGAUACUCAUCCAUCAUGGUCGGAAAUGACCUGUACUCUGCUACCUCAAUCAACUUCCUGGGCUCUGAGCCUGUUGUUCUCCGCAGCUCUUCCUCUGCUCUCCGCACCGAGUUCAAGAGCUCCUGGCUCAACGAACCCAACUUUGUGUACAUGGACCUUGUCCCCGAGAGCAAUAACAACCCAGAGGGCGAUGAUGAUAAGGUCUACCUGUUCUUCAGCGAGAACGCCAUGGAGUAUGACUUCUACAACAAGCUCAUGGUGUCACGAGUGGCUCGUGUAUGCAAGGGGGAUAUGGGCGGCCAGCGGACGCUCCAGAGAAAGUGGACGUCGUUCCUGAAGGCUCGUCUGGACUGCUCUCUGCCAGAGUCCAGCCUGCCCUCCAUUGUACAGGAUGUCUUCCUACUCAAAAAUGAUGACUGGAGCAAAAGUGUUUUCUACGCGGUGUUCACUCCCCAGUCGAGCUUGUCCGACAUGUCUGCAGUGUGUGCGUACAGUGUGUCAGCUAUCGGAGACGUGUUCAAUAAGGGGAAGUUUAAGACACCAGUGACUGUGGAGACGUCCCAUGUGAAGUGGGUAAUGUACAGUGGAGAGGUGCCCACCCCCAGACCUGGAGCCUGCAUUAACAGUGCAGCACGGGCCCUUGGGAUGGAGCGCUCCCUGGACCUGCCAGACAAGACCCUGCAGUUCAUCAGGGACCGGCCCCUCAUGGACGAGGCCGUGCGCCCUCUGACCGGGGGUCCGCUGCUGGUCAAAAAAGGUGCCAUGUUCACACGCCUGGUGGUGGACAACGUGCUAGCUCUGGAUGGAGAGAGAUACGCAGUCAUGUUCAUCGGCACAGAGAACGGCUAUGUGCAGAAGGCAGUGAACUAUGCUGGGGAGAUGUUCAUCAUUGAGGAAAUACAGCUGUACCAGACCCCAGAGGCUAUCAGGACGCUACGCCUCUCCUCCAGCACGGGUCAGUUGUAUGCAGGCUCAGAUUUUGGAGCAGUGCAGAUGCCUCUGAGUGACUGUGGCCGCUAUGAGUUGUGUCUGGACUGUGUCUUGGGCAGAGACCCUUACUGUGGAUGGGACCUCUCCACUGGCAUCUGCUCUGCUGUGGCCAGUUCAUCCUCUGACACGAACAUGAUUCAAAGUCUAAAAGAUGGUGAUAUAUCAAAAUGUCCAAAAUCAGAGACUGUGAAGCCAGAGAACUACACCUUAGUCCCUGGGAACAACAUCAAGCUGCCGUGCCAUCCUGCCUCCAACCUGGCUCAGGUACACUGGCUCUUCUUAGGGCAACAGCUGCAUGCUGACGCUAAGUAUUACAUCUACAACGGAGGAAUCCUUAUUCUUAAUGCCUCUGCCUCCGACGCGGGCCAGUACACCUGUGAGUCUGUAGAGCAGGUGAAAAGCAGACCACACACCAGGACUAUGGCAGUCUAUCAACUGCAGCCCCACACUAAUGCAGAGGGUGAGGAGGAGUCAUUGAUGACGACACAGUCCCCCCAUAGCCACAAUACCCCACUACCAGAGGUGCCACAGACUUUGGAGCCCCCGCUCCCUCCUGAGUCAUGGAGUGUAGACAGCAGGGUGGUAGGCCUGCAGGUGGCGGUAGCGCUCCUCACUCUGAUGCUGCUUGGUCUAGUAGCCUGGAAUCUAUAUAAAAGGAGCUUUAGAAACAGAUCUUCAGAGAACUCAGGUGUGGGCCAGGUGAAAAGGCUGUCAGUUGACUACAUUCAAAAUAGGACUUCAGUGAUUAAGUUGCUGGGACCUACACCCAGUCAUAACUCAAACAAUAACCAUCACGCGGUCAUAGCUUUCAAAGGGAAUGGGGAGCACCACUUUUCCCUGGGAGGCAAUAUUUCCACUAUGGAUGGGUUGGGUUACAUUGACAACGAGUCAGAGAUCUGA